AUUAAAUAUACUUUUUCUAAGCAUCUGAAAAAACAAAAAAAAAAUAGAUUGAACCUUAACAGUAACAGAAACGAGAAACGCUCAAAUCAUCCACUCCCCCGUCGUCUCCAUCUGUCAUCGUCGUCGAUCUCCGAUCAAAUCCACGGCCAAGGAGAUAGAGGAGAGAGAGAGAGAAAGAGGAGAGAGAAAUGGCUAUGGCUUGGGCAAGCUCUGGCCUCGCUUACCCGGAGAGGUUCUACGCCGCCGCGUCCUACGUCGGCCUCGACGGAUCUGAUUCGUCGGCGAAACAAGUCAGCUCGAAAUUUGCCAACGAUACUGCUCUGCUUCUCUACGCGCUUUAUCAACAGGCUACUGUUGGGCCCUGUAGCGUUCCAAAACCUAGUGCGUGGAAUCCAGUAGAGCAAAGCAAAUGGAAAAGUUGGCAGGGGCUUGGAACCAUGCCCUCCAUUGAGGCAAUGCGUCUCUUUGUGAAAAUUCUGGAGGAAGAAGAUCCUGGUUGGUACUCAAGGGCAUCUAACUCCAUCAUGGAGCCUAUUGUAGAUUACCAGAUCAAUAACACUAAAGAUGAGCAUGUUGUUGAGAAUGGAACCUCAUUUGUUGAGACAAAGACGAUUUCUACUGAGAACGGACACUUGACAGAAACCCAAGAUAAAGAUGUUGUCUCAGAAGACCCAAAUACUGUUUCUGUAUAUGAUCAAUGGAUUGCACCACAAACGUCUGGUCAGCGGCCAAAAGCCAGAUAUGAGCAUGGCGCGGCAGUUAUUCGAGAUAAGAUGUACAUAUAUGGUGGAAACCACAAUGGACGGUACCUCAGUGAUCUUCAUGUUUUGGAUUUGAAAAAUUGGACAUGGUCGAGAGUUGAAACCAAGGUUGCUACUGAACCACUGGAAUCAUCGUCCCCAGUUACUCUAACCCCUUGUGCUGGUCAUUCUUUGAUACCAUGGGAUAACAAGCUUCUGUCUGUUGGUGGCCAUACGAAGGAUCCUGCAGAAUCCAUCCAAGUUAAGGUUUUUGAUCCGCAAACCUCUACCUGGUCAACGUUAAAGACAUAUGGGAAAUCACCGGUUUCGCGUGGAGGCCAGUCAGUGACCCUUGUAGGAAAAAGUUUGGUGAUAUUUGGCGGACAGGAUGCUAAGAGGACACUUUUAAAUGAUUUGCAUGUACUUGACUUAGAAACCCUGACCUGGGAUGAGAUCGAUGCUGUGGGUAUACCUCCAUCUCCGAGGUCUGAUCAUGCCACUGCAGUGCAUGCAGAGCGUUACCUUCUUAUAUUUGGUGGGGGCUCACAUGCAACUUGUUUCAAUGAUCUACAUGUCCUUGAUCUGCAAACUAUGGAGUGGUCAAGUCCAACACAACAAGGUGAGACACCAACUCCUCGUGCUGGACAUGCAGGUGUUACAAUUGGGGAGAGCUGGUUUAUUGUUGGUGGUGGCGAUAACAAGAGUGGGGUGUCGGAGACGGUUGUACUAAACAUGUCUACUCUGGCUUGGUCAACAGUCACUUCUGUCCAAGGGCGUGUUCCCCUUGCUAGUGAGGGAUUGAGUUUAGUCGUGAGUUCAUACAAUGGUGAAGAUGUACUUGUAACUUUUGGCGGAUACAAUGGACAUUAUAACAACGAGGUUUAUGUUUUGAAACCAAGCCACAAAUCAACCUUACAAUCGAAGAUUAUGGAAGUUCCUGUUCCAGACAGUGUUUCUGCUGUUCAUAAUGCCACAACCAGAGACAUUGAGUCUGAGAUCGAGAUGAGCCAAGAAGGCAGAGUGCGAGAAAUUGGCAUGGACAAUGUUAAUCCGGGAUCAAAGGUUCAAGCUAAUAACGGAGACAUUCUUGCAACCGUGAAAUCCGAGAAGGAAGAACUGGAAGCAUCCCUCAACAAGGAGAAGUUACAGGGUGUCCAACUAAAGCAAGAGUUAGCAGAAGCAGAGUCACGGAACACAGACUUAUACAAGGAACUUCAGUCCGUCCGUGGGCAACUUGCAGCGGAGCAAUCAAGAUGUUUCAAACUAGAGGUGGAGGUAGCAGAGCAAAGGCAAAAGCUGCAAGCGAUGGAAGCGCUGAGAAAGGAAGUGGAGAUAAUGCAGCGUCAAAGGGCGGCAUCGGAACAAGAAGCAGCAGCCAAACGUCAGAGCUCUGGUGGCGUCUGGGGCUGGCUUGCCGGUACCCCUCCUCCAGAAAGGCUCGACUAUUCCCCUUGAAACUACCACUCUUUUUUUUUUAAUGUGAUUUAAUGGUUCUUCUUCUAAUGUUUUUGUUUUGGUGGGUCGGUGUUAGUUUUGUCAUUCCAAAAAUGUUACGUUCUCUGAGUUUUGGUUGGUUUCAUGUUAGGGAAGAAAUUCAUUGGGGACCACAUACCAUGAUUUGAUUGUGUGUGUUCCAUUGAGAAGCGCUCUUACACAGACAUAAUUUUUUUUAACCAUCUUUUACCUUCUCCUUGUGAAAA